CCAAAUGCUCGCUCGUGGUCGAGUCUGAAAUAUCAAUUGGCCAUAUCGCCCUGCGCUCGAGCAAACACCAUCGAUGGCCGGCACUGAAGCCGCGAUGGAAUGUCGAGACAAUGACUACUUAAAGAGUUGAACAAUACCCGCCAGAAUAAGGACUCACCAGUCAAGACGAUAACCCACCAACAGCGAGGUCAACCACCGACCAAAGCCAGUCUCUGAUAAUUAUCUCGCCAUUCUCAACAUCUCAAUCCCGACUUCAUCAUGGAGAAGACCAUCUCGAUAGAGAAGCCCGUUGUAACAGGAGCCGAGACAAACCCCAGCCAGUACUUGGAAGAUGCCGAAGCCGCCGUCGCGUGGGAGCACUCACUGACGCCACGACGAGCGUUGAGGCUCUAUUCCAGGGCCGUCAAGUUCGCCGCCUUCGUUUCCCUCAUCCUCGUUAUGGAGGGAUUCGACACCAAAGUCCUUGGCAGUCUGUACGCGGUGCCUGCGUUCAAGAGAGACUUCGGCCAAUUGACGUCCAAGGGAAAGUAUGAGGUCUCUGCACCUUGGCAGAGCGGCAUGAGCGGUAUCCAAGGCGUGACGAUGAUCGGCGGCAUGUUCUUGGGCGGAUACGUUACUGAGAAAUUCGGCUUUCGCAAGACGAUGAUGUGGACGCUGCUGUCUAUUGCUCCGAUCAAUUUCGCCUUCUUUUUCGCUCCGAGCAUCGAGGUGUUGGCCGUGGCCGUGUUUUUGUUCUCGAUUCCCCUGGGAAUCUUCCAAACCAUAACCACGGUUUAUGUUACUGAGAUCAUGCCUUCAUGUCUGAGGCCAUAUCUGACAAGCUGCUACUCACUCUCGUGGGCCUUUGGUCAACUUCUCAAUGCGGUCGUCUUUCGUGGCACUCUUACUCUGCCUAGCCCAUGGACAUACCGAGUCCCGUUUGCCCUUCAAUGGUUCUGGCCGGUCCUCAUCAUCGGUGGCAUCUACCUCGCGCCAGAAUCACCCUGGUGGCUGGUUCGCCAGGGCCGCGUUGAAGAGGCCGAGGCAAUCGUUGCUAACUUGACAACCGAUGACUUGGACAUCGAGGUUAAGAAGAUCGUCGCACUAAUGGCAUUCACGACUGAGCAUGAACGGAGCGUCCAUGACGGCACGAGCUACAUCGCCUGCUUCAAGGGAGCAAACCUCCGCAGAACCGUCAUCGUCAUGGGAGUCUACAUCAUGCAGGUCCUUUCUGGCGCACCUCUACGCGCGUGGAUGACCUACUUCUUCUUACAAGGCGGUCUUGCGGCCGAUCAGUCAUUCAACAUGACUAUUGUUGUACUGUGCCUUUCGGUCGCUGGUGUCUUGGGCGCAUGGGUCGUCUUGACCUUUGUUGGUCGCAGGCGCAUGUAUCUUGCCGGAAACCUCGUCGGCAUGCUCCUCUUCAUAGCAAUCGGCUGCAUGGGCAUCGGAAUCAAGACCUCGGGGGCCUCUAACCUCGCCUGGGGUAUCGGCUCUCUCCUCGCCAUCGAUGGUUUCGUCGCCAAUCUGCUCAUUCUGCCCAUCACAUUCGUGCUGGUCUCCGAGAUCCCAAGCUCCCUCCUCCGUACCAAGUCCGUGGUGCUCGCGCGAAACACUUACUCCGUCGUCAACAUCGUUGCCGGUACCAUCACGCCGUACAUGCUCAACCCUACUGCCUGGAAUUGGGGCGCGCUGACGGGCUUUUUCUGGGCUGGAGCGGCCUUGAUUGGGUUUGUCUUCACUUUCACGAUGAUUCCGGAGUCAAAGGGUAAGACGGUUGCGGAAAUGGAUUAUUUGUUCGAGCAGAAAACGCCGGUUCGCAAGUUCAAGAAGGCUCAAGUUUCGCUUUCCAAUGGCGACAUAGAACAGUCGAUUUGAGUUUUGUUGAAACCUUACUGCUGAAGCUAGUUAGGAUAUAACCCUACUUGCGAGCAUUUGUGGCUCCCAGACUGGAAAUUCCGAUGAUUCGAGCUGCUUCUAUCUAGCCAUUACUUUGACCAGUAGUAACCAUGCUCUGGCAUUGUUGUGUAAAAUUGGAACAUUCUAUUUUAAAAUUUAGUAUUAUUAGAACAAAAAGAAUUAACAAGUACAUAAUGC